AAAAGGCGUGGGAGAGCCCCGGGGGUUUAAGCCAUUUUGGAGACGAAAUAGGGGGAUAACAAUGGCGGGAAAGCGUACGUCGCCGUUUUCGUCUCCGUUGCUGAAGCCGCCACCGCCGCUUACGACUCCGAAAGUGGAAGAAGAGACGGAGUUCUGGAGGAAGGAAGUAGACGAGAACUUGAAGCGCCUCCAAUCGCUGCUCUUCGGCGCCGACCAGUUCCUGGAGAAAUCUGAUUUCUCCUCCGCUCAGAUCCUUGGGCUUCGUCUUCUAGGUUUCCUCGAUUCUCGCUCCGUCACUGAAGCCGAUCGUGCUUUCAUCGGUCCUAUUAGACGAGAAGUUGCCUCUAAGGUCGAUUCAGCUUUGGAAGGCCUCGUUUCAGAUUCGGAUCGGCAAGCAUUUGAACUUGCAAAGACAGCUCCAGGUCCUAUUUUUGGCAGUAAAGGCGAGUUUGAUGUCGAGAAGAUCAAGCAGUCGAAGCACUUUCAUUUUCAUCUCAGUCAGCCUAAUGGGAAGGGUGUUAAAGAGCUAGGAGAGCGACUGGAUGCGCGUAAGUUAAUUCCCAAAGCAUCUAAGCCAAUGAUGCAAGCCAGACUAACUUCAUUGUAUGGAAAUAGCAUGGUUAAACCAGAUAGUCAGCGCAGACCCUCCGUGAGCAAUCAAGAGAGUACCUCUGAGGAAUGUGUCAUUGUCGAGAGAAGCCAUGGAGUUGGUUUUGGAACAAAGCGAGCUCAUGCAGAAAUCAGCAAUCCAACAAAUCAUGGGGAAAAGGAAGAUGGUGCUGCUAAUGGCUUUGUUUCCGCCAAAACAAAACUGGAAAUGGACGUUAGACAGAAACGAGGGUCAACCGGGGCACCAAAUUCAUCUCUUUCGCCUCAGGGUGAAAACAAUGCGUCAGCUAGGGGAUACGGUGCAAGAUCGGGUGGCUAUUUAAGACGUGGAUACCGUGGUAAUUUUGUUCCUCCAGUUAAAUCUAGCGGGAAUAAUGUUGGAAAUACGACGUCUCGUAUUGGUGGAAAGACCGAUGAUACGCUCGAUGACUCAACCAGAACAUGUUUGGAGAUGCUCUGUGGUCCUGACGGUGAGCUUCCCGAGAAGUUGAGAAACUUGGAACCUCGUCUUAUAGAGCAUGUCAGCAACGAGAUUAUGGACCGAGACCCCAAUGUCCGCUGGGAUGAUAUUGCUGGUCUGGAGCAUGCUAAAAAGUGUGUUACUGAGAUGGUCAUUUGGCCAUUGUUACGUCCUGACAUAUUUAAAGGUUGUCGUUCGCCUGGGAAAGGACUUCUUCUCUUUGGUCCACCAGGAACUGGUAAAACUAUGAUCGGAAAAGCUAUAGCUGGAGAAGCAAAAGCAACUUUCUUCUAUAUUUCAGCCAGUUCAUUGACAAGCAAGUGGAUUGGCGAAGGUGAAAAGCUAGUGAGGGCCCUUUUUGGAGUUGCAAGUUGCCGCCAGCCUGCAGUGAUAUUUGUAGAUGAAAUAGAUUCUCUACUAUCUCAGCGCAAGUCAGAUGGUGAACAUGAAUCGAGUAGAAGACUCAAGACACAAUUUCUGAUUGAAAUGGAAGGUUUUGAUAGCGGCAGUGAGCAAAUUCUCCUAAUAGGAGCAACAAAUAGACCCCAAGAGCUCGAUGAAGCAGCAAGAAGACGGCUUACCAAGAGACUCUACAUUCCUCUUCCCUCAUCUGAAGCAAGAGCAUGGAUUAUACAGAAUCUCCUGCAGAAAGAUGGGUUGUUUACAUUGUCCGAAGAUGAUAUGAACAUCAUUUGCAAGCUAACUGAAGGGUACUCGGGAUCAGACAUGAAGAACCUAGUGAAAGAUGCAACUAUGGGGCCAUUGAGGGAAGCUCUCAAACGAGGCAUAGAAAUAACAAACCUUACGAAAGAUGACAUGCGGCUUGUGACUCUUCAGGACUUUAAAGACGCAUUGCAGGAAGUAAGGCCUUCGGUUUCUCAGAACGAGCUUGGAAUCUACGACAACUGGAACAAUCAGUUUGGUAGUUUAAGCCUCUAAGACUAAGACUGGAGACUCCUGUACUCAAAAAUCCUGGACAAUUCACCGAUCUCACGUGCUCGAAGAACCGCUAAUGGAUGGGAUAAUUGACUCGUCUGAGCAUUUCUGUAAACAGGGGAAGUAUCUAAACAAACAAAGUUGCAAACACUCAAAAUUUUCACCGCGACUCCACUUAUGUAUAGUUUUUAACUCUCAGAACUUGUGUACCAGCCCAAGGGGCUUGCUCUAGAAAGCAUAAAUAUUUGUUUUAGCUGAUAAGCGAUUGAUGGACAUCAACCAGCUAAUUUCAUUUGAACGGAUACAACAAAACUUCAUUUGGCUCAGCCGCUCCUUGAUGAUUUCGUUGUCAUUCUCUAUGAUGAGGUGGUUUCUACUUGUAACCAACACUUAACCAUAGAGAGAAAUCAUAUAAUUUUACCAAAUUUAUCGUCUUUGCUGUUGUAUAAUUUAGCUUUUCGUAUUUCAAACUCCUUUCAGUGAAAACAUGUUUUUAGAUGAAAUGGACUCGGAAGUUUAAAAGUUAUAACUUCCCAUUUAGAUUCUCCCUUACACAAGCAAACACAAACAGAAGCUCAUACCAUUGGUUUGGCUCUGUUGUUUACUCUCUCACUUUCUCUCUAUAUAUAUUCUUCUACACAAAUCUUUUGUUUCAAAAGAGUUAUCAAAUCUCUCACAACACACAGACAAACAAACUCACACAUUAGACACAAGAA